UCCAUCAACAGAGACCAGACUCUGCCAGACCUGGACCUGGACCCAGCUGUGUCUCCAUGUCGAGUGACUGGUCCAUGGAUGAACCUUUGCACUUCAAACAAGAACAGAGGACGAUCCAUCAACAGGGACCAGACUCUGCCAGUCCUGGACCUGGACCCAGCUGUAUGUCCAUGAAGAGUGACCAGUCUAUAGAUUGUCUUAUUACCUUCAAGGAUGGACAAAAACAUGGUGAACUGAUAGUUGAUCAGCAGAGGACAGAGGUUCUCAGUGGUCAGUCUGUCCAGCAGCAUGGAGCAGACCUGGACUCCAUAUUUAAGCUGCUGGAGGAGAACAUCAUCUGCUUUGUGAAGAACGAGCUGAAGAAGAUCCACAAGGUUCUGGAUACAGAUCACACAGAAGUCUCAGAGAGUCAGAGGGAGGAUGAGGAGCAGAGGAGCAGCAGAGAGGCCUUUCUGAAGAUCACAGAGGACUUCUUAAGGAGGAUGAAGCAGGAGAAGCUAGCUGACAAAAUCAGAGCUUCAGCUUGUCGACGGGAACUCAAAUCAAACCUGAAAAAGAAGUUCCAGUGUUUGUUUGAGGGCGUGGCUAAAGCAGGAAACCCCACCCUUCUGAAUGAGAUCUUCACAGAGCUUUACAUCACAGAGGGAGGGACUGGAGAGGUCAAUGAAGAACAUGAGGUCAGACAGAUUGAAAGAGCUUCCUGGAAACCAGACAGACCAGAAACAUCCAUCAGACAAGAAGACAUCUUUAAAGCCUCAGUUGGAAGAGGCGGACCAAUCAGAAGAGUGAUGACAAAGGGCGUGGCUGGCAUUGGGAAAACAGUGUUAACACAGAAGUUCACUCUGGACUGGGCUGAAGACAAAAGCAACCAGGACGUACAGUUCAUGUUUCCCUUCACCUUCAGAGAGCUGAAUGUGCUGAAAGAGAAGAAGUUCAGUUUGGUGGAACUCAUCCAUCACUUCUUCACUGAAACCAAAGAAGCAGGAAUCUGCAGGUUUGAAGACUUUAAGGUGGUCUUCAUCUUUGAUGGUCUGGACGAGUGUCGACUUCGUCUGGACUUCCACAACACUGAGAUCCUGACUGACGUCACAGCGUCCACCUCAGUGGACGUGCUGCUGACAAACCUCAUCAGGGGGAAACUGCUUCCCUCUGCUCGCCUCUGGAUAACCACACGACCUGCAGCAGCCAAUCAGAUCCCUCCUGACUGUGUGGACAUGGUGACAGAGGUCAGAGGGUUCACGGACCCACAGAAGGAGGACUACUUCAGGAAGAGGUUCAGAUAUGAGGAGAAGGCCAGGAGGAUCAUCUCCCACAUCCAGACAUCACGAAGCCUCCACAUCAUGUGCCACAUCCCAGUCUUCUGCUGGAUCACUGCAACAGUUCUGGAGAACAUGCUGAAAACCAGAGAUGGAGGAGAACUGCCCAAGACCCUGACUGAGAUGUACAUCCACUUCCUGGUGGUUCAGUCCAAAGUGAAGAGGGUCAAAUAUGAUGGAGGAGCUGAGACAGAUCCACACUGGAGUCCAGAGAACAGGAAGAUGAUUCAGUCUCUGGGGAAACUGGCUUUUGAGCAGCUGCAGAAAGGAAACCUGAUCUUCUAUGAAUCAGACCUGAGAGAGUGUGGCAUCGAUAUCACAGCAGCUUCAGUUUACUCAGGAGUCUUCACUCAGAUCUUUAAAGAGGAGAGAGGCCUGUACCAGGACAAGGUCUUCUGCUUUGUCCAUCUGAGUGUUCACGAGUUUCUGGCUGCUCUUCAUGUUCAUCUGACCUUCAUCACCUCUGGAACAAAUCUGUUGUCAGAACCAACAACGAGCCAGUGGUCCAUACAACCAAACAAACCUGAACUGAAUCAUCUGCACCAGAGUGCUGUGGACGAGGCCUUACUGAGUCCAAAUGGACACCUGGACUUGUCCCUCCGCUUCAUCCUGGGUCUUUCACUGGAGACCAAUCAGAAGCUCUUAAGAGGUCUACUGACACAAACAGGAAGUGGUUCACAGACCAAUCAGAAAACAGUUGAGUACAUCAAGAAGAAGAUCAGUAAGAAACUGUCACCAGAGAGAAGCAUCAACCUGUUCCACUGUCUGAAUGAACUGAACCAUCGUUCUCUUGUGGAGGAGAUCCAAGAGUCCCUCACAUCAGGACGCCUGUCCACAAAGACACUGUCUCCUGCUCAGUGGUCAGCUCUGGUCUUCAUCUUACUGUCACCAGGAAAAGAUCUGGAAGAGUUUGACCUGAAGAAAUACUCUGCUUCAGAGGAGGCUCUUCUGAAGCUGCUGCCGGUGGUCAAAGCCUCCAACAAAGCUCUACUGAGUGGCUGUAAACUCUCAGAGAGAAGCUGUGAAGCUCUGUCCUCAGUCCUCAGCUCUGUGUCCUCUAGUCUGAGACACAUGGACCUGAGUAACAACGACCUGCAGGAUCCAGGAGUGAAGCUGCUGUGUGAUGGACUGAAGAGUCCUCACUGUUCUCUGGAGACUCUCAGUCUGUCAGGUUGUCUGGUCUCAGAGGAAGGAUGUUCUUCUCUGACCUCAGCUCUAAACUCCAAACCCCCCCAUCUGAGAGAACUGGACCUGAGCUACAAUCAUCCAGGAGACUCACGAGAGAAACUGCUGUCUGCUGGACUGAAGAGUCCUCACUGGAGACUGGACACUCUCAGGAUGGACCAUGCUGGAGAGCAGAGGUUAAAACCUGGUGUCAGGAAGUAUUCAUGUGAACUGGAACUGGACACAAACACAAUGAACAGAAAACUCAAACUGUCUGACGACAACAGGAAAGUGACCCGUGUGACAGAAGAUCAGUCGUAUCCUGAUCAUCCAGACAGAUUUAAGUUCUGGUCUCAGCUGCUGUGUAGACCUGGUCUGACUGGUCGCUGUUACUGGGAGGUCGAGUGGAGAGGAAGAGUUCAUAUAUCACUGAGUUACAGAGGAAUCAAGAGGAAAGGCAACAGUUCUGACUGUGUGUUUGGACGUAAUGAUCGGUCCUGGAGUCUGUUCUGCUCUGAUGUUCAUGGUAACUUUGUCCUUCACUGUAGGACACGAACACCCAUCAUGUCCUGUGUCUCUCACAGAGUAUCAGUGUAUGUGGACUGUCCUGCUGGGACUCUGUCCUUCUACAGUGUCUCCUCUGACUCACUGAUCCACCUCCACACCUUCAGGACCACAUUCACUGAACCGGUUUAUCCUGGGUUCUGGGUCUGGCCUGGUUCCUCAGUGUCUCUGUGUCCUCUGUAGGACAUGAAGAGACAGCAGCUUCAGUGGUGGACGAGGUCAAAGCUCGUCUCAGUCAUUCUUUGUUGAAACCAUCAAUAAAUAAAGACUUAAAAAAUCAA